GUUGAAUCACUAGGUGGCAGUAGAUAUUUUCUGACUUUCAUUGAUGAUGCUUCUCGAAAGGUGUGGGUAUAUUUCCUGAAUACAAAGGACCAGGUGUUUGAGUACUUCAAGGAAUUUCACGUCAUGGUGGAACGUGAAACAGGAAUGAAGCUUAAAUGUCUCCGAUCUGAUAAUGGAGGCGAGUAUACUUCCAAGGAGUUCGAUGCAUAUUGCAGGACAUAUGGCAUUCGACAUGAGAAGUCAGUACCACGUACCCCUCAGCACAAUGGUGUUUCUGAAAGAAUGAAUCGGACUAUCAUGGAGCAUGUCCGAAGCAUGAUGAAUAUGGCUAAAUUACCAAAGCCAUUUUGGGGAGAAGCUGUCAAGACCGCAUGCUAUCUAAUCAACCGAUCACCUUCAGUUCAAUUAAAUUUUGAAGUUCUAGAGAGAAUAUGGACUGGUAAGGAUCCGACAUACUCACACCUCAGAGUAUUUGGUUGUGUAGCAUAUGCACAUGUAUCCAAAGAGCUCAGGAAGAAGCUCGAUGCGAGGUCCAUCCCAUGCAUUUUCAUUGGUUAUGGAGAUGAAGAGUUUGGAUACAGAUUUUGGGAUCCAAGGGAGAAAAAGGUGAUCAGAAGUAGGGACGUGUUCCAAGAAAAUUUGACAAUUGAAGAUAUCGAAAAGCCCAAGAUGUUUCAGAAGUCAAAUGUGGGUGCUCAAGUUUCAAAUGAAGCACCAAAAUUGUUCCGGAGAAACAAUGAAGAUGAUGUACCAGAAGAAGACGAGGAGACGGAGGAGAGUGCAGAGCAAGGGGAGCAACAACCCAUCUCGCCAGAGCAAGGGGAGCCACAACCCAUUUUGCCAGACACCAAUGUUGGAAGUUCUUCUCAGAUGAUUCUACCCACUCGUAGAUCUGAACGUGGUCAUAUACCAUCAAAAAGGUACUCAUCAUCUGAAUACCUUCUAUUGACAGAAGAUGGAGAACCAGAGAGUUUUCAAGAAGCCAUAUCUCAUAAGGAUAAAGAAAAAUGGAUGGCUGCGAUGCAGGAAGAGUUGGAUUCUCUGCAGAAAAAUCAAACCUAUGAGAUAGUUAAACUUCCAGAAGGGAAAAGGGCUUUGAAAAACAAAUGGGUGUUCAAGCUGAAGAAGGAUGCAAAUGGACAAGUGGUGAAACACAAAGCUCGAUUAGUUGUCAAAGGCUUUCAGCAGAAGAAAGGGAUUGAUUUUGAUGAGAUCUUUGCACCAGUUGUCAAGAUGACCUCAAUUCGAGUCAUACUUGGCUUGGUAGCAAGUAUGAAUUUGGAGCUUGAACAGAUGGAUGUGAAGACAGCUUUUCUUCACGGAGAUUUGAAUGAAGAAAUCUAUAUGCAGCAGCCAGAAGGUUUUGAGAUUUCAAGUGAGAACCUCGUGUGCAAGCUAUCUAAAAGCUUGUAUGGCCUGAAGCAAGCACCAAGGCAGUGGAAUAAGACGUUUUACUCAUGCAUGAAGAGUCAAGGUUACAAGAAGACUACUGCAGAUGA